AUGCCGCUGUUUGGGAAAUCGCACAAGAGUCCCACAGACAUCGUCAGGACCCUGAAGGAAAACCUGGCCAUCCUGGUUAAACACGAUAAGAAAACAGAUAAGGCGUCUGAAGAGGUGUCAAAGUGUUUGGUGUCCAUGAAGGAGAUUUUGUACGGGAGCAACGAUAAGGAGCCCCACACGGAGACCGUGGCCCAGCUGGCGCAGGAGCUGUACAACAGCGGCCUGCUCAUAGCGCUGGUGGAAAACCUGCAGGUCAUCGACUUUGAGGGGAAGAAGGAUGUGUGUCAGAUUUUUAACAACAUCCUGAGGAGGCAGAUUGGGACGAGGAGCCCUACUGUGGAAUACUUCUGCUCCCACCAGGAGGUCCUCUUCAUACUGCUGAAAGGAUACGAGACACCCCAGGUCGCACUCAACUGUGGGAUCAUGCUGAGGGAGUGCAUCCGCCACGAGCCACUCGCCAAGAUAGUUCUCCAUUCUGAUCAUUUCCACAACUUCUUCAACUAUGUGGAGAUGUCCACUUUUGACAUCGCCUCUGACGCCUUCGCUACAUUUAAGGAUCUUCUGACAAGACACAAAGUGCUUGUGGCUGAAUACCUUGAACAGAACUACGAUGCUCCGAGCAGCGGCUCCUUCACUCUCAGGGCCUCCAGGGUGUUUGCAGAUUAUGAAAAGCUGCUGCACUCGGAGAACUACGUCACCAAGCGGCAGUCUCUGAAGCUUCUGGGCGAGCUGCUAUUGGACAGGCAUAACUUCACAGUGAUGACGCGUUACAUCAGCAAGCCGGAGAAUCUCAAGUUAAUGAUGAAUCUGCUCAGAGACAAGAGUCCCAACAUCCAGUUUGAGGCCUUCCACGUCUUUAAGGUGUUUGUUGCGAAUCCCAACAAGACGCAGCCCAUCAUCGAUAUCCUGCUCAAGAACCAGACCAAACUAAUUGACUUCUUGAGCAACUUUCAGAAGGAACGCACAGACGACGAGCAGUUUAACGAUGAGAAGACCUACCUAAUCAAACAGAUCAGGGAUCUGAAGAAGCCAGCCUCCUAG